CUCACUUCCCUUUCACCGCCUUCUAUGAAUACGAGAAGGAAAUGCAUCCAGGAAGUAAAACCACCACUUAGCUUCGGCAGAAUUGUAGAAAUCAGAAAAAUUUGUAGAGCAAAAGUAACCUCAGAAAUGGCGAACAAUGUCGGCGAUGUACAGGAAGAGAAGCAGCAGGAAAUUCCUCUGCUCACACCCUAUAAAAUGGGAAACUUUCACUUAUCUCACAGAAUUGUUUUGGCACCCCUGACAAGGCAGAGAUCUUAUGGCAACGUUCCUCAGCCUCAUGCUAUUUUGUAUUACUCUCAGAGAACCACGAAAGGGGGUCUUCUAAUAGCAGAAGCCACGGUAGUUUCUGAAACUGCCCAAGGAUAUUCCGAUACACCUGGUAUAUGGACAAAGGAGCAGGUCGAAGCCUGGAAACCCAUUGUAGAUGCAGUGCACGCUAAAGGCGGUAUCUUUUUUUGCCAGCUUUGGCAUGCCGGCCGAGUUUCAAAUAAAGGUUUUCAGCCCAAUGGACAAACACCUAUCUCCAGCACAGACAAGCCAUUGACUCCCCAAGUUCAAGCCAACGGCAUUGAUGUAGCAGAGUUCACUCCUCCACGACGGUUAAGGACAGAUGAAAUCCCUCAAAUCAUCAAUGAUUUCAGACUUGCUGCAAGAAACGCUAUCGAAGCUGGUAAAUUUUUUCGGGAAAAAUCUACAAUUUUACUGCAGAUAUGCUUAAUUAACCAUAUGGUCUGUUGUUGUAUAGGUUUCGAUGGAGUGGAGAUCCACGGGGCUCACGGGUAUCUAAUAGACCAGUUCUUGAAAGAUGAAAUCAAUGACCGAACCGACCAAUACGGGGGCUCUCUGGAGAACCGAUGCAGAUUUGCUUUGGAAAUAGUCGAUGCUAUUGCGAACGAGAUUGGAGCUGAGAGAGUAGGGAUAAGGCUUUCUCCCUUUGCUAACUAUAUGGAAUCUGGAGACUCAAAUCCAAAUGCUUUGGGACUUUACAUGGCUGAAGCCUUGAACAAGUAUGGCAUUCUGUACUGCCAUAUGGUUGAGCCCAGAAUGAAAACAGUUGGGGAGAAGAGUGAAUGCCCAGACAGUCUUUUGCCAAUGAGGAAGGCAUUCAAGGGCACUUUCUUGGUUGCUGGUGGUUAUGAGAGGGAAGACGGGAUCAAGGCGGUGGCUGAAAACCGAGGUGAUCUCGUCGUCUAUGGCCGACUAUUCUUGGCCAAUCCCGAUUUACCAAAGCGAUUUGAGCUCAACGCCCCUCUCAACAAGUAUAACAGAGACACAUUCUAUACCUCGGAUCCUGUGGUUGGUUAUACUGACUAUCCAUUUCUUGAAACCACUGCUUGAUAUGAUUCUAGGUGAGCCUCAUGUAUCC